AUGAAUGAAACACAAUGUAAUGAUGCUGAAGAUUCUGUUCGGGAUAUUUUAUUUAACAUUGUUAGAGUAUUUCAUUUUAUUUUUGGAGUAAUUAUUGUUGUGAUGGUUUUUCGGAAUGUUUGGUCUUACAAUACAAAAUCUUUAAAAUUUCACACAAAUUUAAUUGUAAGUUUAAACCUUUCAAUAAAAAUGUGUUUGGAAAAAUUCUGGUUAAAUUAUAAAAAAUUGACAUGGCAGUUUAUGGGUCCAAUCAAUGUAAGUAUGAUAAGGAUAUUAAUAAGCAAUAUUCUAAUCAUCUAUUUGCUCUUGACAUUGUCUUAUAUUGUUGAAGCUUUUAAUAAUUUUUUAAUUUUAUUUACAUAUUCAAACCCGUGUGAUUGUUUAAUUCAAGUUUGGCUUGUUUAUUUAAUUCGAAUUCCAGAUUAUCUUUACAUUCUUGGCUCUCCAUUAUUUCAUUUUGUUUUAAUGACUGAACGAGUUCUAGCAACAAUUUUUGUUAAGAUUUAUGACAAACAAGGGAAAAUGUUUGGGGUUACUGCAACUAUUAUUUUGGUAUAA